AGCAAUGUGAUGUGACUGCUGCAAACACCGGUUUUGAUAAUUUGAGCUACGCUAAUGGAAGCAUAGGACGCAGAAAGAGGUGGCCGCUUCUCUCCUCUCCACGCAACAGGACACCCGUUUCCUUCCUGAGCUCUAGACAAGCUGAGGUGCACGCCUCAGAGUCCCUCAACAUGCGGGUGGCUUUCUAGAAGAUGACCAUAGAGGACCUCCCAGAGUUCCCAUUAGAAGGAGAGUCUUUGAUCGGAAGAUACCCAUUUUUGUUCUCAGGUUCGGAUACACCCGUGACCUUCUCCAUUUCUGCAGCACCAAUGCCUUCCGACUGUGAGUUCUCUUUCUUUGAUCCGAAUGAUACAUCAUGCCAGGAAAUUCUCUUUGAUCCCAAAACUUCUGUAUCAGAAUUAUUUGCCAUUUUAAGACAGUGGGUUCCUCAGGUCCAGCAGAACAUUGACAUUAUUGGGAACGAGAUUCUUAAGAGAGGCUGCAAUGUGAACGACAGAGAUGGACUGACAGAUAUGACUCUCCUACAUUAUACUUGCAAGUCCGGAGCUCAUGGUAUUGGUGAUGUUGAUACAGCUGUAAAAUUUGCAACUCAACUUAUUGAUCUGGGAGCAGACGUUAGUUUGCGGAGUCGCUGGACAAAUAUGAAUGCUUUGCAUUAUGCUGCUUAUUUUGAUGUCCCUGAGCUUGUAAGAGUGAUUUUGAAGACAUCCAAACCAAAAGAUGUGGAUGCUACUUGCAGUGACUUUAAUUUCGGAACAGCUCUGCACAUUGCCGCUUAUAACCUGUGUGCAGGCACCGUGAAAUGCUUAUUGGAGCUUGGAGCAAAUCCCGCAUUUAGGAACGACAAAGGAGAGAUGCCCGCCGAUGUGGUUCCAGACCCAGUGGAAAUGCCGUUGGAAAUGGCCGAUGCUGCGGCCACUGCCAAGGAAAUCAAGCAGAUGCUGCUGGACGCGGUGCCCCUGCUGUGCGAUGUCUCCAAGCCCGUGCCCCCAAGUUCCGAUCGUGCCGCUGGCAAGGCAGUACUGACCUCAGCCGGCCUGAAGUUGGGGGACCGGGUGGUCAUUGCAGGACAGAAGGUUGGAACAUUAAGAUUUUGUGGAACAACUGAAUUUGCAAGUGGGCAGUGGGCUGGCAUUGAGUUGGAUGAACCAGAAGGGAAAAACAACGGAAGUGUUGGGAAAGUCCAGUACUUUAAAUGUGCCCCCAAAUAUGGCAUUUUUGCACCCCUUUCAAAGAUAAGUAAAGCAAAAGAUGGAAGGAAGAAUAUAACCCACUCUCCUUCUGCAAAAGCUGUCCCGCUCACCAGGUCCCAGAAAAUUGAUGUGGCUCAUGUAACGUCGAAAGUAAAUACUGGGUUAAUGCCAUCAAAAAGAGACGGCGCUUCGGAAUCAACGCUUUCGCUGCCUGCUGGCGAGGAACUGAAAACCGCGACGGAGAAAGAUGUUUCAGUUCACCUGCCUGGCUCCAUCAGCAGCUUGUCCUCUGCAUCUUCCUUGGAGCACAAGCAGAGCCACCCCAGGAAACUGCACGCCCGGGGCAAUGGCAAGCCGACCACGAGCAAAAGCCCGUCUGCGCCAUCCAGGGCCAGCGCUGGUUUGAAAUCUUCAGCAACAUCUGGAGCAAAUAGUACCCGCCCCACGGGGGAGCUCCAGCUGGGGGACAGGGUGCUGGUGGUUGGCCAGCGGAUGGGCACCAUCAGGUUUUUCGGGACGACGAACUUUGCUCCAGGACAGUGGUACGGGAUAGAGCUCGAGAAGCCGCACGGCAAGAAUGACGGCUCCGUCGGCGGUGUGCAGUAUUUUAGUUGUUCUCCAAGAUAUGGAAUAUUUGCUCCCCCAUCCAGGGUACAAAGAGUAACAGAUUCCCUGGACACACUUUCAGAAAUUUCUUCUAAUAAACAGAAUCAUUCUUAUCCUGGUUUUAGGAGAAGCUUCAGUACCACUUCAGCUUCUUCCCAAAAAGAGAUUAACCGGAGAAACGCUUUUGCCAAGUGA